AUGUUUAACACGAUCUCAUGUGAUUUUUCUAGUAUGAGUCAAGGUGAUAGUGUAGAAGAUCAUAGGGUAAAUCAAAAAUGGCUUGAUAGAGGACAAAAUUUUGGAAAAUAA